ACGUCUUACCUCAGAGAGCCUCAGUAUUGCACAGCCCGGUUGCUAGGCUCGUCUCUAUACUGUAGAAACAUUGCUGCUUUAAGAGUCGAGUCUGCGCACUGAGGGACAGAGUUUAGUGGCUGGUCUGCAGUGAAAAUAAACCAGAAAAAAAACAGGGAAUAAAGGAGCAUCGUUCUACCCAGAAAUAAAGACAAGACCUGAAGACUGGGAAGCAGGAGAAGAAGAAAAAAAACAACUGCACACGCACAGAGCGGGGAAUAACGGGAUCAAGCAUGGCUGGUAUGGGAGGAAAGCGGAGGAAAGCUGGGCUCCCGGGUUUCUGCUGGAAAACCUGCUAUUUUCAUAUAUUAUUCUGGGUAGUGUCAGUGUGCGGAGAGGAGAAGACCUUCAUUGUGGAGACAUGGCUGAAGAGCUACGGCUACCUUCUCCCGCACGACAUCCGGACAUCCGACCUGCGGUCCGAGAAGGCCAUGCAGUCUGCCGUCGCUGCCAUGCAGCGUUUCUAUGGGAUACCUGUGACAGGUGUGCUGGAUCAGACAACGAUAGAGUGGAUGAGAAAGCCUCGGUGCGGAGUGCCUGACCACCCUGGGAUCAGCCGGAGAAGGAGGAAUAAACGCUAUGCGCUGACGGGACAGAAAUGGAGACAGAAACACAUCACCUACAGCAUACAUAACUACACCCCCAAGGUGGGCGAGCUUGACACACGGAAAGCUAUCCGUCAAGCUUUCGAUGUGUGGCAGAGGGUGACCCCGCUGACGUUUGAGGAGGUCCCCUAUCACGAGAUUAAGAGCGAGAGGAAGGAGGCGGACAUCAUGAUCUUCUUCGCCUCGGGUUUCCAUGGAGACAGCUCUCCGUUUGACGGGGAGGGGGGGUUUCUGGCCCACGCCUAUUUCCCGGGUCCGGGGAUCGGAGGCGACACGCACUUCGACUCGGACGAGCCGUGGACUCUGGGGAACGCGAAUCACGACGGUAAUCGUGGAAAUGACCUGUUUUUAGUGGCAGUCCACGAGCUGGGCCACGCCCUGGGUCUAGAGCACUCCAAUGAUCCCAGCGCCAUCAUGGCUCCCUUCUACCAGUACAUGGAGACGCAGAACUUCAAGCUGCCCCAGGACGAUCUGCAGGGCAUCCAGAAGAUCUAUGGCCCUCCUGCUGAGAUGCUGGAGCCCACCAGGCCCUUGCCUACUCUACCAGCCCGUCGAUCCCACACCAACUCAGAAAGGAAACAUGACCGGCAGUCUAGGCCCCCACGUCCUCCCUCGGGGGACAGGCCCCACUCUCCAGGGGCCAAGCCUAACAUCUGUGAUGGGAACUUCAACACUGUGGCCCUGUUCAGGGGGGAGAUGUUCGUAUUUAAGGAUCGCUGGUUCUGGCGGCUGCGUAACAACAGGCUGCAGGAAGGCUAUCCCAUGCAGAUCGAGCAGUUCUGGAAAGGACUCCCUGCCAGGAUCGACGCUGCCUACGAGAGGUCCGAUGGAAAGUUUGUGUUCUUCAAAGGUGACAAAUACUGGGUGUUCAAGGAGGUGACCGCGGAGCCGGGGUACCCCCACAGCCUGGUGGAGCUGGGCAGCUGUUUGCCACGCGAGGGAAUCGACACGGCCCUGCGCUGGGAGCCCGUGGGCAAGACCUACUUCUUCAAGGGGGACAGGUACUGGAGAUACAACGAGGAGAAGAGGGCAGCCGACCCCGGCUACCCCAAACCAAUCACCGUCUGGAAAGGCAUACCGGAGGCACCCCAGGGAGCAUUUGUCAGCAAGGAAGGCUUUUACACCUUCUUCUACAAAGGGAAGGAAUACUGGAAGUUCGACAACCAGAAGCUGACCGUGGAGUCGGGGUACCCACGCUCCAUCCUCAAGGACUGGAUGGGCUGCGACCAGUCGAUGGUGGAGAAGAACAAAGACCGCCACCUCCCACACGACGACGUGGACAUCAUGGUGACCAUCAACGACGCCCCCAGCACGGUCAACGCCAUUGCCGUGGUGAUCCCCUGCAUCCUCUCACUCUGCAUCCUGGUCCUGGUCUACACCAUCUUCCAGUUCAAGAACAAAGGCGUGCAGCAGCAGCACGUGACUUACUACAAGCGGCCCGUGCAGGAGUGGGUAUGACAGGCUCACCAGGGGUGGACCCGUUUUCCUUCAUAGAUUGUCACGAGCGCUGCAGGUGAACUGGACGCCAUCCUUUGAAAUGCCCCUACCACCUUACCAACGGAGGAGGGGAGGGGAGGGGAGAGGGAGGGGAGGAGCUAAUGAAAGACCCUGGACUGAUUGAAUCAUGGGGAAUUCACUGUGCUUCUGGUACUGAGCAUGAGCAGAAACACACAGCAGGGGUGGGGGCUGACCUGUGCAAGCUGAGCAGCCUUGCCAUCCUUGCUUCUUUACUCUUUUCUGGGGCGUGCCAUCCUGUGUCGGGUCAUGUUGUCCACUUUUCCGACGCCUUCUUCUUGGACCUUCUGAAAGGAAGAAGCGAGGAGCGCACCUCUUGAGUGUUCUCAAGGCUCGCUACCAGCAAGUCAACUUGGAAAUGGAUUAUAAACAUCAUUUUAAAAAAAAAUGUGAAACAAUUCAAAUGAGACCUAAACAAAAACAGUAGGUAGAAAGACCAUAGAAGAGGAAACCCAAGGGAUUUGCCAUGGAGCAUUGAAACUUUCCAUACAGUUUGUUCAUGGAUCAUAAAAGGGAAAUGAGGUUUUCUAUGAAAUGUAAUGACUCAUGGGCGAUUUCAGAAAUGACUUUGUUUUUAAGUUCAGUAACCAGGACUCUUGUAAGGCUUGAAUAAACUGUAGCUUGCUAGUUUUCAUUGCCGGUGACCUUGUCAGAAACAGCUGGUUAUUGAAUUGAAUGGGGGUGGGAGGUAGGGGGGUAGGAUUUUCUUUGUAUUAGUGUGGGUGGUACAACAGUUAGUAUCACUUGCCAGUAGCCGAAGGCUUUUGUUAGGAACCGUGAUCAACGUGCUCCAUUCUGAAUUCCUAUAGGGAUAAAUACCCUUAAGGAUUUAUUAACAGGAAUAAGUGGGGCCAUAAGAACUGCUAUAUUAAAGCAGCCUUAAAAAAACCUUUUUUUAAAAAUAACUUUUGUCUAUAAAUGUUUCCAUCACUUGUCUUUGUAUCAGGAACAAUAAAUCGGUUCCACAGCACAGCAGGAAAGUGAUUUAGUUCAGUGAUUUAGAUGAACUGCUCAUUGUCUUUUUUGAGGUAUCACAGAGGAAGAUCGCUGAACGCUGAAAUCACUGCGGAGUGUUGCAGGAGCUGAUAGCGGCUUGCUAGCGUUUCCUUGACUGAGACUUGAGAUUGAGGAUAAAAAAAAAGAACAAGGCUGCUUUAAACAAUGACAUAAAGACUCUGAGGUUUAUCGCUUACAAGGCCUCGGUAAAUGCUGAAGAUAUAGAGAGCGGUCCAGAGUUCCUGUAAAGACUGUUAUCAGUAACCUGCAGCACAGACCGCAGUAACUCAGCGAUUUCCAUUAAACCCCAAGCUAUUGAAGGAGAGCUUGACCUGAACCAGGUCCUUUAAACAGAGCUGCGUGCGUUCAAGCGUUUCCUGAGUGAACCUGCGGGCCCCCCAGUGGAGAAAGGGACAGCUGGGAUUGUAUCAUGUGACCCAGGAGGGGCAGCAGUACGGGAGGUUUGUUAGUAAAGCACAGAAGCAUGUACAGAUGAUUUAGUUUCCAUUAAGACAUGCAUUGGUAUCAUUGUGUCUCAUUUAGAGUAGACCUCGAUUUAGUUAUAUAGGCACACUGUGUUUGCAGGGUUUUUAAACUCAUCGGCUGUUAAGACAAGGUAUAGGGAUUUUGUUAACGUUGGUGCGAAACUGAUCAGUUCAGAAGUCAACGCUUUUCCAACCCUGAUGUGUAUUGGGCCUCUCCCUCCGGUUGCAUUCAUGUCAUUAUUAAAACAUUUAGGUACAUUUGAAUGCAGUAUUCAUGUAGAUAAGUAGCAUCCUUUGAUUGAUGUGUUUAUUGCACAGCUGCCAGAAAACAGACCUGAUGCCAUCAGUGCCAUGAGUAGCACCAGAGCUCCAGUGUGGAGUACAGAGCAGCGCUGCUGUUUCAUAAUAGCACUGCAGCUGAGCUUCAGGAAUCGUAGCUGCACUGCUUGGAUAGGCAGUUAUACCCAUUCCAAACGGGAAUGUUUGAAAGGCAAGCUUGAUUUACAGGUGCUCCUGUGACAUGUUGCCAUUCAGUGCUGAUUGCUUCUCUCAGAAGUUUCCUGCCCUCCUCCAAUGAUAGCCUUGGCACGGACUACUUCGCGCUGAGGAAAAUGGUUUUAAUGGGAAACCGUGGGAGUGAUUCUAGCUGGUGUUUAUCUGAAGCUGGUUACACAGAGAGUAUUUCCUUUGAACAGCUGGAAUCCGUUGUCUGGCAUUUUAAGAUGUGCAUUGUUGGUGCUGGAUUAUUAACCCCGCUGUGAAUGAUUGGUUUGAAAGCAUGCUGUAGUAUGAACAGCGUGUGCUGAUGCUGCCUGACCAAGAGGACAUCCAUACAGGUGAGAUGAAGCAUCAACGGGAUGCUCCUGUGCACAGAUUAGAAUAGGAAGGAUGUGAAGUAGCUAGCUCGGUCAUGUACUAGAAAAUCAUUUUGCACUACCUUUUCUUUUCCAUCUGUCA